AUGCUCCAGUUGGUUCAGCACCCGAACAUCGUCACGGUUCAUGAAAUGUAUAGCGACAAGGCGAAUCAUCACGUCGCCUACGGACGCAUGCCACGAUCAUUGCAAGAGGCCGUCGGUAACUUAUUUCUCAAUCGAUAUGUGAAGGAGGGCGCCAACUUUGGGCCGGACGGUCCGAAGCAUUGGGGUUUGGAAGUCGUGAGCUUCCUCUCAGCGACAACUGCCGCAACAUCUGCGGACGAGUUGAGCGAGGUUGGCCUACGCCGAUGCCUUGUCACAUCAGCCACUGAUGUGUCUCUAGCAUCCUUUCCUGCGUUCGUGGCGAAAAGAAAAGUCGAAAUGACUGCUUUCUCUGGUCAUGGCAUGGACUCGGCAAGAAUAUGA